AUGGGAAGCUUCGAUCAAAGCAAGGCGUACGCAGCACAGGAGACGGAAGGCCAGUUUUUCGACGAUGGCCGUGAGGUAGAGCUUCUCCACUUUGUCUACGGACACAAGAACAUCGAGAAAAUACGCGGGUCGCCGCAGAAUGUCCUGGCUGCUAUUGACGAGUAUGGAAGGACAAAGAAGUAUCUCAUGAACGUUGGAGAGGACAAGGGGCGCAUAGUCACAGAUCUGAUCGCAGAAGUGAAGCCGAAAACAAUGACAGACCAGGUCGAGCUCGGCGGCUACGUAGGCUACUCAUGCAUCCUCUUUGGAGAAGCCGUACGAAAAGCAGGCGGGCAGCGAUACUUCAGCUUAGAGCGCGAUCCCGCCUUCGCCGCAGUGAUCAUGUCCCUAGUCGACCUAGCCGGCCUUUCAGACACCGUCAAAGUGAUCGUAGGCUCCAGCGACGAGUCAAUCGCACGCUUAACCUCCUCUGGCCAGAUCAAACACAUCGACUUGAUGUUCCUAGACCACUACAAGCCGGCCUACACCACGGACCUGAAACUCUGCGAAGAGCUGGGCUUGAUUACGAAGGGCUCGGUGCUCGCGGCUGACAAUGUCAUCAAGCCUGGAAACCCGCCGUAUCUGGAGUAUGUACGGUCGAGUGUUGAGGAGAAGGUGAAGAAGGCGAAGCUGGGUGGGGAUAGUCAUACCAAUGGCAUUGCAGAGACAAAUGUCAAGAUGUAUGAGUCGCGGUAUGGAAAGGCGAAUUUCAGCAACAGUAAGGGGAACCCGAACCUGGUGUAUGAGAGCAAGUUGAACAAUAGCUAUGAGCCGACGGGCGAACCUGACGGUAUCGAAAUCACCAGAUGCGUUGGUUAG